GGCAUCUUGGCAGAACGCCAUAAUGUAACGUAUUUAUCUGCUGUGUUGUGUCACCCGCUUUACUUCACUUCCACUCCUGUUGCUUCUUUUCGCACCAGCUUAAUUCCUGUCACAACUGUCCGAAGAUUAAUUGAUCCACCGAAAAUAUGGCCUUCAACGAGGGUGAGGCCAAAGCCGCCUCCGUUGACCACGAUGAAUAUGAGAUUCAAAACUCUCAAGCGGUCGUCGAGGCCGCAUUAGCCGCCAGCGACGAAGAAACCAAGAUUUCGCGGAAGGAACUCUUCUCACGAUACUGGCCAGCUGUGACUUUCAGCACGCUCCUCAGCAUGGCUUUGAUCAUGGAAGGCAUGGAUGUCGGCUUGAUUAAUAACUUCUUUGCACAAGACGCCUACUUGAAGAAAUUUGGCUGGCCUGACGCCAACGGCAAGCAGCAUGUUCCCACCUCAUGGCAGUCGGCCAUCAGCAACGGCAAUAAUCUCGGCAGUAUCAUCGGUCUGUUGUGCAACGGUUACUUGCAGUCCCGAUUCGGUUCUCGCAGAGUAUACAUGGGCGCUAUGGCGUUGAUGGGUGCCACGAUCUUCACCUUAUUCUUCGCUGUCAAUGUCCAGAUGCUGUUUGCCGGCAAUAUCCUCUGUGGCAUCCCGUGGGGUAUUUUCCAAACGCUUACCACCGCCUACGCCGCCGAGAUAUGCCCCGCAGCUAUGCGAGGAUACCUCACGGCUUGGGUGUCUAUGUGUUGGGGUGCUGGUUCGUUCUUGGCUGCCGGCAUCCUGCGUGCAUCUUUGGACAUUCCGGGAGACAUGUCAUGGAGAGUCCCGUACGCUCUGCAAUGGGCGUGGAUUGUCCCCCUCUUUACAGUCGCAUAUUUCUCACCGGAGAGUCCAUGGUACCUGGUCCGCCGUGGUCGCAUUGCCGAUGCCGAGAAGUCUUUACGUCGUCUCGCCCGCAAGGACUUCUAUACCGAGCAAAGCAUGACGCAGACGCUGGCUCUCAUGAAGCACACCAACGAAAUGGAAAAGGUAGAAGCAGCACAUGCCAGCUUUCGCGACUGUUUCCGCGGUACCAACUUGCGCCGUACCGGUAUCGUCUGUAUGGUGUGGCUUAUCCAGAUCCUCAAUGGCCAGUCUGUCACAUCUUAUGCUGCCAUUUUUCUGCGAUCGGCCGGCAUGCCUACAGUCCAGUCAUUCAACUUCAGCAUGGGUAUUCAGUCGGUUAAUAUUGUAUGCACUGCUAUCGCCAUCAUGCUGAUGGGCAACGUUGGACGUCGCAUCUUCUUCUUCUGGGGGUCCACAAUGAUCGGUCUUGCCAUGCUAAUCAUCGGCAUCCUGGGCUUCCUCCCAGGGACCGCCAACGUCGCUAUAGCUGUGGCCGCCGUCAUGAUCAUUGUUCAAAUCAUCUUCAAGACAUCGCUAGGUCCCACGACCUAUGUAAUCGUGGCUGAGGCCUCCUCUACUCGAGUUCGAGCCCAGACUAUUGUUCUUGGUCGCGCCGUUUAUGUCGUAGGCCAGAUAAUUGUAGGGCAGCUCAACCCCCGUAUGUUGAACUCGAGCAGCGACGCCUGGAAUUGGGGUCCCAAGGCGGGUUUGUUUUACUUCGGAUUGUGCUGUAUCUGGGCCGUUUGGAUCUUCUUCUGUCUGCCCGAGACGAAGAACCGUAGUUUCGCUGAUCUGGAUUAUCUCUUCCAGAAGAAGACUUCGUCGCGCAAAUUUACCACCACUCCCAUUGACGUUUUCGAAAUCAUUCCCGCUGAUAAGAGCAACCAAAAACUUAAUGAGACCCAGCUCGAGAAGACUGUCAGUACUGCCUGAAGGAAGAGACCCAUAUAGCUAGUAAUUCUACAACGAAUAAACAAUGAUAUGGAUGUAACGUGGCAGGUCUAAAUCAAUAAAGAGGAUCACUAAUGGCGCUAUGGGGCCAAUAUAAUGUAGAUUAAGAUAUGAGGUAACCGUAUUGGAUUGAUGCUUCCUCAGGUGUCUAUGUUGAUGAGUGCCAUAGAAAUAUACGUCUCUUCUAUCUGUC